CUCACGCGUCCCUCAGCCCAUCCUCACCAGUUCCUCGAUUCUCCUCCGCUCAUUCCGUAGCCGCCCUCCCGGCCCGCCCGCCUCACACCAUGUCCGCCCCGGGCCCGGAAUCCGUCCCCACCUCGGCCGACCCUCGCUCGCACCGUCCCACCAAGAAGCGCGCCCUCACUCCCGUAUCCGCCCAGGCCGCCAACGUCGACGCCCUCUUCGCGAAGCCCGAGCAGUACAUCCGUGUCCCCGACUCAUCCUCUGGCGCUCUCGUCGGCGCCGGCCGCGCUCCACCCCCCGAGAUCGUCACCAACGUCCAGGGAUCCUCCGCUGGCGCCGGCUCCGGCGAGUUCCACGUCUACAAGGCCAGUCGCCGUCGCGAGUAUGAGCGCCUGCGCGAGAUGGAUCAGGACCUCCAGCGCGACAAGGACCAUGUCCAGUUUGAAAAAGACAAGACCGACCGCGAGCGCAGGGACGAAGAGCGCACGAGGAAGAACCGUGAGAAGCGAGAAAAGAUGAAGGCUCGCAAGGCUAAGAAGGGAAAAGGUCCUGCCCCUGGUGCUGACAAGAAGGCGUCCACAGCAUUCCCCGUCGGUGAACAGCCAGAUAGUAGUGUCGGAGGUGACACAAAAGAGGCGGACACCGCCGUGACGGACCACAAGACAAAGGAAGGCGAGGAGAAGCCGACGGCGACCGCGGUACCAGCAGGUCUCGUUAUUCAUGAUGACGAUGACUAGAGACACACCGAUUCACACUCACGCAUACGCCCACAAAAAGGUCACCACUAGAAUAUUUGUAAAACAGGCCAUGAGGAGGAGACUGUGCCGAUUAGGCAACCAUUGAUUCGGGAGGUAAUUUCAAUGAUACCCAUUUCUUCAUCCUGGCAGAUGAAAACCCCAGGGCAGUCGCCCCAGGCCCUUUUGUCUAUGUUCUGGUUCUUCGGCUAGUACAGGGGGUAUGACUGGUCCCAACACAAAUCUAAACCAUCCCGAUGCUCCUAUGCUUGCCACCAUGCUUAGCUCCCCUCAUUCUCGUCUCUCUUUAUUCAUCGCCGCCA